CCUAGAUGUAACGAGACCACGCGAUGACCAGCAUCGACUUGUCACCCAUUCCCGUUCCGCCCCCCACCCUCCUUCAACAAAUCCGCACCUCCAAGCUCCGCCCUUUUGGUCCCGUUCUCUCCGGGAUCGACAAGCAACCCCACCGUGGUCAACUCUACGUCUCGAGGAUUGGCCUGGAGGAUGACGAGCAUGAUCUGACCUUCCACGGGGGUAUCGACAAAGCCGUCCACCAGUACUGCGUGGAUCACUACGCCUACUGGGCAGACAGGUUCCCCGCGCGCGACGUGCGCGCGCGCUUCGUGCCCGGGGGCUUCGGCGAGAACCUCGUCGCGGAGGGUUGGGAUGAGCGCACCGUGUGUAUUGGGGACCGGGUGCGCAUUGGCCCUCCGGGCUCGUCGUGUACUGGGGGACGCAAUGGCUGCCUUCUGGAGGUCAGUCUGCCGCGCCAGCCGUGCUUCAAGCUGAAUCAGCGCUUCGGGAUCAAGAACUUCGCGCCGCGCACGCACCAGGAGGCCAAGACCGGAUGGUACUACCGGGUCCUGGAGGAAGGAUGGAUCGAAGAAGGAAUGGAGAUCCGGAUCAUUCGGCGGAGCCACCCGCGGUGGUCGAUCGCCCGGCUGCACCACUACGUGCACCGGGACAAGACGGACAUGCUGGUGACACAGGAGCUCAUGGCCAUCGAGGUGAUCGGCGACGAGUGCAGGGACGUGUUCAUCGACCGCUGGCGAACCCAGCAGGCGAAGGAGGCGGCGGCCCGGCGUCCGCCGGAACCAUGGAGAAAGUUCCGGGUCGCCAGCCAUACUGCGGAAACGCCCCGCAUCGUCCGCCUGGAGCUGGAAGCAGUAUCCCCGAGGUCCCCGAGGUCUGACCCCUCCGCCAUCCUGCCCGGCAGCCAGGCCCUGAUCAAGCUUCCGAACGGGGUGCGCCGCCCCUACUCCAUCGUCCACGGCCACAUGGAUUCCUUUGUGCUGGGCGUGGCCCUCGACGCAAGCAGCCGCGGCGGAUCCAGCUAUAUCCACCAGUCUCUUCGACGCGGGGACACAGUCGAGGUGGCGGAGAUCACCCACGGCUUGCCCAUCGACAAGAUGGCCUCGCAUCAUAUCUUCAUCGCCGGCGGCAUUGGCAUCACCGCCCUCCUGGCCAUGAUGAAACGGCUUCACGACACCAACCAGGACUACCAUUUGCAUUAUGCUGUCCGCACGGCCACGGACGUCGCCUUCGCCGCCCUGCUGGCCGACCUCGAGCCCCGGGUCACCGUGUACGACAAAUCCCAGGGCCAACGCGUGGACAUUGCCGCCAUUCUGCGCCAACGGAUCUGGAACAGCCACGUCUACGUGUGUGGGCCCCAGCGCAUGAUCGAUGCCGUGGUUCAGACGGCCGCGGCGGUUGACAUGGCCCCGGAGGAGGUGCACUAUGAGCUCUUCCAAGGGGAUACCACCCCCGGCGACCCCUUUACCGUGCAGGUCAUCUCGCCCGACCGGACGGCGGAGCUGCAGGUUGGUGCCGAGCAGUCGCUACUCGAGGUCGUGCGAGACGCGGGGUUCGAGAUCGGUGGUUCCUGUGAGGUCGGCAGCUGUGGCGCUUGCAGGAUCCCCGUCCGCUGCGGACGGGUGCAGCACCGAGGCACCGCCUUGACGGAAUCGGAACAGCGGUCCGAGAUGUUGGCGUGUGUUUCGCGCGGCAUCGGCCACAUUGUCGUUGAGGUCAGCGAUGAAUGA